CGAGCUCAGUGCGAAUUGCGUUCUCGAAGCGUGUGGUGGCGGUUGCCCCUGUAGUUAGUUCUCACAGUUUUUUUUUUUACACUUUCUGAGUGUUGUGUUUUGGUCACAGUUGGCUCUGAGUUGAAAGUGACAGCAGUCGAUUGUUUUGGCCCAGCAUUUAGUCAGAUUUUGUAGCAGUUAGUAUCUAGUUAAUACCAUUUGGACAGAGAAGCAGAACCGCCUUUGCAAGGAUGGCCGGACAGCAGCAUGAUAUCUCGCAUGCCAAGCGCGCCGCCUUUCAGGUUUUGGCCGGCGGUUCGGCCGGAUUCCUGGAGGUCUGCAUCAUGCAACCCCUCGAUGUGGUCAAGACCCGCAUCCAGAUCCAGGCCACUCCAGCGGCGACUGCCGGUGGUCUUGGGGAGCUACACUACAAUGGCGUCUUUGACUGCUUUGCCAAGAUGUACCGCCACGAGGGCAUCACCUCAUACUGGAAGGGAAUUAUGCCGCCAAUUCUAGCAGAGACCCCCAAGAGGGCCAUCAAGUUCCUGGUGUUCGAACAGACGAAGCCGCUCUUCCAGUUCGGCUCACCCACGCCUACGCCGCUGACCUUCUCAUUGGCCGGACUGACAGCAGGCACACUGGAGGCCAUUGCCGUGAAUCCCUUCGAGGUGGUCAAGGUGGCCCAGCAGGCUGAUCGGCAAAAGAAGAUGCUCAGCACGUUCGCGGUGGCAAAAGGCAUCAUAAAGCAGGACGGACUGGGCUUUCGAGGGCUCAACAAAGGCAUCACCGCCACCAUGGGACGCAACGGAGUCUUCAACAUGGUGUACUUUGGGUUUUAUCAUAGCGUGAAGAACGUGGUGCCCGAGUACAAGGAGAACCAUUUGGAGUUCAUACGCAAGGUUACCAUUGGUUUUCUGGCCGGCACGCUGGCUUGCUUCGUCAAUAUCCCCUUCGACGUGGCCAAGUCGCGAAUUCAGGGACCACAACCAGUCGCCGGCCAGAUCAAAUACCGUGGAACGUUUAGCUCCAUGGGCAUCGUUUAUCGCGAGGAAGGUUUCCGGGCGCUGUACAAAGGACUCGUCCCUAAGAUCAUGCGUUUGGGUCCAGGCGGUGCUAUCCUCCUGCUGGUCUUCGAGUACUCCUACAACUACCUACUCCACAACUACUCGUAGUUGCCAAAUCCCCCAACUAGAUAAUAGGAGGCAUCCGCCUUUACCUUUUUUUUUAAAUAUUAUGUAUAUUUCAUAGGUAGUCGAGUAGUCGAGACAACGCAGUCAUGUAACGCUAUAUUAUUUAUAUAUAUAUAUAUAUAUAUAUAUAUAUAUAUAUAUAUAGAUUUGCAAUACUAUGUUUGGUUUUUAAGCUCUAGCUCGGUGAAAACAAGACGUCGUGAAAAUGUAUUUUAUGUAUGAUAAAAAGAACAAUUUAAUAAAAUAAGAAAAAAACGAA